AUGACACUCUAUGAAGAACAGACAGCAUUCUUGGGAGAAUGGGGACCAUUUCAGCGGCUAAUUUUCAUCCUACUGAGCCUCAGCAGUGUGCCCAAUGGCUAUGUGGGGAUGGCUAUGGUAUUCCUGGCUGACAUUCCACCUCACCAUUGUAAACUACCUCAUCUGAAUUCCAGCUAUGGUAAUCUUGACCUGAAUCUGUCUAUUCCACCUGAAGAGGUGAAAGGAGAAACCAUCUUGAGCAGAUGUCAUCGAUACAAGGAAGUAAAUGUCUCUAAUGGAAGAUUUGGGAAUGAGACAGAGAGCUGCUUAGAUGGAUGGGACUUCAGCAAGGAGAGAUACGACACCACAAUUGUAACUGAGUGGAACCUGGUGUGUGAUGAUGCUUGGAAAGCACCUUUUACUGCAACCGUAUUCUUCCUUGGAGUACUGACUGGAUCUUUCAUAUCUGGAGUAAUAUCUGACAGGUAUGGAAGAAAGCUUGUUUUAUUUGCCACAAUGGCAGUCCAGACCAUAUUUAGUCUGGUUCAAGCAGCCUCUAACAGCUGGGAAAUGUUCUGUGUGCUGUACUUUCUUGUUGGAAUGGGAGAGAUUACCAACUACUGCAGCGCCUUUGUCCUGGGCUGUGAAAUUCUCAGCAAGUCAACACGUGCCAGCUUUGCCUUUAUAGGUCUGAGCCUGUGCUAUGCCAUUGGUUAUAUUUUUCUCCCACUUUUUGCCUAUUACAUUCGGACCUGGAGGAUUCUUCUGAUAGCCCUAUCCAUCCCGGGAUUCCUUUAUAUUCCCAUGUGGUGGUACAUCCCAGAAUCACCCCGCUGGCUCCUGUCCCAGGGGAGGGUGGAGGAGGCGGAAGCCAUCAUUCGAGCUGCAGCUAAGAUGAAUGGGGUCACUCCUCCAGAAGUCAUAUUCAAACAAAGUGACUGUGACCAGUUACUGGCAAAAGAUGAUCAAGCCAGCCAAGUACAGUACUCUUGGACUGAUCUUUUCAAAACUACCAAUAUAAGAAAUAUUACCAUCCUGAGCAUCAUCAUCUGGAUAGUCAUCUCCAUGACUUAUUACGGACUUUCCCUCAGCACUCCAAACAUGGAUGGUGAUCCCUACCUUAACUGUCUUAUUGCUGCAGGGUCAGAGGUCGUGGGCUACAGCUUAAUUUGGUUCAUUUCUCGCCACACCUCUCGCCGAAUCACAUUGACGUCCAGUCUUCUGUUGUGUGGGACACUGCUGCUCCUCAUCAAAUUUAUUCCUGAAGACCUUAAAGCUCUGACCCUGACCCUCAUAAUGACAGGAAAAUCAGGGGUGACAGGGGCCUUUGCGUUUCUCUAUCUUUAUGCCACUGAGCUUUUUCCCACUGUGGUCAGGAACAUGGGCCUGGGGACAGCCUGCAUGGCCUCUCGCAUUGGUAGCCUUUUCUCCCCAUACAUAGCCUACAUUGGAACAUACAAUAGGAUUCUACCCUAUAUUCUUAUGGGAGGUAUAACUAUUGCUGUUGGAGGCCUUAGUUUGUUGCUUCCAGAAACAAAAGAUCAGGAGUUACCCGAAUUGAUCAGCCAAGUCAAACCACUAAAAUGGUUUAUCAUUGCCAUUACCUACUUUGGUCUGUCCCUAAAUACUCCAAACAUGAAUGAGGAUCUUUACCUGAGCUGCCUCCCGUUUGCUGUCAAGGAGGUCGUGGCUUCUGUUGGGGUGUGGCUGGUAUUCAAGGUGGUUCCUUGA